AUGGGGCUCUUCUCUCAAAUGAGAAUUGUUGGGUUUAAGCCAAAUAACUAUACCUUUGUCAGUGUUCUGAAGGUUGUCUUGAUUAGUGAGAGUAGAAAAACGGUGGAGCUUUUCUGUCAGAUGAGGCAAGCGUUUGUCGUCCCCAAUCAGUUUACCUUUGUGAGUUUGUUGCAAGCAUGUGCCACUAUGGAGUCUUUACAAUUGGGUGAGCAAGUGCACUGUAACGUCCUCAAGAUUGGUCUUGACUCAGAUGUGUUCGUCUCAAAUGCUCUAAUGGAUGUCUAUGCUAAGAGUGGAAGGAUUGAUAUUUCUGUUAAAAUAUUUGAGGAAUCACAAGCUACAAAUGAUGGAACGGUCCAUUACUUCACCGUUGGGGAUACUUCACAUCCUGAUAUGAAGCUAAUCAGUGGGAUGUUGGAGUGGUUGAACAUGAAAGCCAAAAAGGAAGGGUUUGUCCCUAAUUGUAGUGCUAUAUUACUUGCCGUUGAAGAUGAAGAAAAGGAGCGCUUGCUGUGGUUACACGGUGAAAGAUUAGCUUUAGCAUUUGCGCUUAUCAAAAUGCCCUAUGGAAACCCUAUACGUAUUAUGAAAAAUCUUCGAAUAUGCGUCAACUGCCAUGCUGCAAUAAAGCUGAUAUCAAAGGUUGUGCCGCGAGAAAUUAUCAUCAGAGAUAUCAACCGCUUCCAUCAUUUUCACAAUGGAGCAUUUGCCUAUCAUAGGAAAAGGAAACUCUACUAUACAACGCAAACUUAG